AUGGAGGAGUUACUCCACAAAGGCUGUUUCUCCAUCAAAUUCUCCAGAGCCACAAUCCUUGAGGUGGUUUGCAAUGCCCGUCUAGGAAAGAAAGUUCGCGUUAAGUGCAACACCAAAGACACCGUCGGGGACUUGAAGAAACUGAUAGCGGCCCAAACUGGCACCUGUUGGAAUAAGAUCGUUCUUAAAAAGUGGUACACGAUUUUUAAGGACCACGUGUCUCUGGGAGACUAUGAAAUCCACGAUGGGAUGAACCUGGAGCUUUAUUACCAGUAGAGGGAAGUCCUCCACCUGGCCCCACCCCGCCUUGCUCUC